CGAUACUCUGAUAACGCGCCACAACAGAAUGUGCUAUAUAUAAGAAUAUACGUUGUAUCGAAGCAAACAAAACGUAUUCUGCAAGUCUAAAAACAAGUCGUCAGGAAUUUUAGACAUAUAUUCAUUACAAAUUACAAUGGCGUUGGUUGAAUGCGUAAUUGACAGAAUGAUAUCAUCGUCGUCGGUGCCGGCGUCGCCGUUGCUGCGCAACCUCGACGCGGUGCUCGCAGAUAUCUACGUCAGGCACAUUGCACUCAAAAAAGAGGACUGCCAUAACUACUACGAAGUUUUUACACAGAUUUUCUACAAAAUACAUAAAGCUAUGAAGGAGGUGGAUCCCUAUUUUGACAAGUAUUCAAGUGAGGUAAAGUUCGCAGGAAGCCAUUUCGAUAGACUGCGCAUCAACAAGCCCGACGAGUACGACAUGGUCAUCGUGGUCGAUGUGCCCUUCAACUUCAUACAGAUCGAGCCAAAACAUCCGGGCUAUGUGCAGCUGCGCAACGACACUAGCCGCGGCAUCCCCCGGCAGUACACAUCCGACAGCAUCGAGGCCAAAACCGCCUACGAGUGGCUCGACAGUAAGAACUACAUCCUGCGAUCUGAAUACGCCAAAUGGAUACAAAGCGUGAUCUCUAGGGCCAUAAAUCACGUAGCAAUUCCGGCCACGUCACAGAAUGUUGACAGGAAAAAUACGUAUAACGUGGGAGUCACUGAAAGUGGCCCGGCCAUUACCCUCACAAUAGAGAACGAUAGAGGCUUUAAGCUAGACGUGGACUUGGUGCUGGCGCUGCGGUUCUCGGAAAGCCAGUGGCCAGUGGAGGGGUACCGCAGUAUCCCCGCGGGCUGCGGCGUGGGCCACUGGAUGGUGGCGCCCAAGCGCAAUCGGCACGGCAACGAUAUCCACGACGAGAACCGUUCCUGGCGCAUCUCGCUACAGGAGCAGGAGAGAAAGUUGAUAUACGACAGGCAAAACCUGCGCUUGACUGUUAAACUGUUAAAAAAAUUACGCGACUCUAAAAAUAUGUCUCAUCUCGCGAGCUAUUACAUAAAGACCUUAUUCCUCUGGGAAGUGACGGAAAAUAAAGAAACCGGUUUCUGGAUAAGAAAUAAUUUGGCAACUCUGUUCAAGCAUAUGCUGCAGAAACUCUACACGGCAUUGCGCGCACACAGGAUUAAUUACUUCUGGAACUCGAAGUACAAUCUCAUUGGCGACCUCAAUUCCAAUGUAGUAGAAUCAUACGCAAACAUCGUAGACAACUUGCUGCAGUCCUUGAACACUAGUCAGGGCCAUGUCAGCGCAGCCAAGUAUUUACUCACGGAUGCUGAAUUUGCAUCUUAUCGGAGAUUUUUUUAAU